AUGGCAGGGUCAUGUCUCCUGCCCUCCAGCCCCAAAUCCAUCACUGUCCCCCAACUCCUAGAGAAUUUUCGGCGAGCAUGGUUCGAAUUCCGAGUGCUACGGGCCAAGCGGAACCAGGAGGCGAGUCUCCCAAGGCGAAUAGGUCUGGCAGUUAGUGGGGGGGCCGAUUCUAUGGCUCUAGCCUACUUAUGUCGACAAUGGGAGAAGGAUCAACUCUGUCAUGGCCACGAUAUAGCCGUCACUGCAUUUGUGGUCGACCACAAAGCGCGAGAAGAAAGCGCGCAAGAAGCCGCCAUGGUGAGCCGAUGGCUCACUGAACUAGGUAUCAAGACGCAGAUUCUGGAGCUCUUAUGGCCACAAGGCGCUCAAACGCCAUCCCAAGUGUCCGCUUUCGAGACCCAUGCGCGCCGAUUGAGAUUCCAAGCUCUCGGCAGGGCAUGUAGAGACCAUCGCAUUGAGGCCUUACUGAUGGGCCACCAUCGCGAUGACAACGUCGAGACUACGCUUUGGCGGCUCUCCUCCGGUGCCAGAGGAGCUGGUUUAGCUGGGAUUCCUCCAGUGGCGCGUAUUCCUGAGUGCCAUGGUAUAUAUGGUGUGUCUGAGAGCGGGUCAGCGGUUGUUCUACAGCCUAGACAAGACGUAUCCUCUACAGGCUGGUGUAGCACGCCCGAGCAGACCUCUCGUGCCACUGAUGACAGCCACAAGACAACAACACCACACCCGAAGAUUUACAUGUCUACUGGCGGGAUUCUGAUCUGUCGUCCACUGCUUUCAUUCCCUAAAGCCAAUCUACUCGCCACCUGUCAUGAGAAUCAAGUCCCUUACGUCUCAGACCCAACCAACUUCGAUGCCACUCUCACCGCCCGAAACGCCAUUCGGAGUCUCCUCUCUUCCAAUCGACUCCCACGAGCUCUACAACCCCCAUCUAUCUUAUCUCUGGUCAGAAACAGCCAGGUUCUCCUCCAAGAAACCACCGAUCUCUCAAAUCAACUCUUACAGCAGUGCAAGAUCCUAGACAUAAACCUAACCACAUGCACACUCAUUCUCAAAUUCCCCCACCCCUUAUCAACCCCAACAUCAACAUCAUCUUCGACGAACCCUCAAUCUCACUCAACCGCCAGGCACCACAAAACCCAUCAAAUCCAAACACUGACUCUCCGACGUAUCACUGAACUCAUCUCACCAUUCCCUGAAAACCACUUCCCCCUACGCAGUUUCGAGCAUUUCACAUCCCGCGUCUUCCCGGCCCCCUCCACCCGGAAUCCCAUCACCACCAUCAGCACUCGACAAACAUUCACCCUCGGAGGCGUCAUGUUCCAACCUCUUGAUCGAAACCCUACUCAGUUGACCCAAGGUGAUUCUACCAUCGCCGACGGCUAUCAAUCUCAUCAUCACAACAAUGAAAAUGAUAGCGAUAAUAAUCAUAAUCAGAAUUACAAUUAUAAUGGUCAUGGUAAUAUUUGGCUACUCUCCCGCCAACCAUUCAUCCGAAACCGUCUUCCGACACUACAUUUCGACGUUCACGUUCACGUUCCAAAGCAGCAUCCGACGCUCGCUACCUCGCCAAGUCAAAGCGAGAUCCAGACUCAAUGUCCAUCGACAGACCCAAAGUACACACCCUGGCGUCUCUGGGAUGAGCGAUACUGGUUUCGGUUUUCCGUCAUCUUGGGGAGUACGGAUUCUCUACAGGAUUAUCCAGGGUAUGAAAAUAUCAUUGAUACUAUUUCUGGGAUGGAAAAGAUACCUUUGGUAGUGCGAGGGUUUCAGAAGUCUGAUCUGGCGUUCAUCCGGCAGAUUGCCAAUGAACGACCCCGAUACCGAUCCCGACACGGGAAUAUGUCAAGAAGGGCUAAUAAAGAUCCUGAGUUGGAUUUACUGACGCAACGGCUGUCUAGGGAAGCUCCUGGGCAGACUCGAUUCACCCUUCCUUUAGUUUCGAUCACAGAAGGGUUUCGAGAUCUUGAUCGCGACUUGCCGUUGGCCUUACCAACAAUGAAUAUGUGGCUUCCUGGAAUGCAUGAUUUCCUGCGUACUCUCGGUCCGUGGAGGAUACAGUGGGAAUGGAUGUAUAAGAUGGUUGAUACUGAGCCUCUGAAAUUGAUGGGUGGGUUGGAAGCCCCCUAA